UUCGAAUUCAGAGAGCAGGAGAGGAAUUUUUCCGGAGAAAAGUUUAUCUCGAGAGAGAGAGAGAGAGAGAGAGAGCGCGUUUUUUUUAACCGCCGCGAUGCAGCCCCUUUUUUCCGUGAACCCAAGAUUAGAUGCAGCGCGCGGCGCCUACUCGGUUUCGUAAAGAGCUUUCGAAACUAUAAUACAGCGACGACUCGGUCGCUCGUCCCACGAUUCUUUUUUUCGGUCACGAAAAUAACGAGAGAAGAAUGCACGCGUGUGUGUAUGUAAUAUAGGCGAUAACUGCAGGAUUCGUUCCGAUGUCGAGCUCGCUCAUUAGGUACCGAGUGUUAAACGUUUCGCUCUCCGCGUUUUAUACGCUUACUUAUUUGAGAACACAUAAACGCGAUUGCAGGUACUUUUCCUCUCGUCGGCGAGGAGUAUAACUUUUCGGCGAAGUCGCGUCGUUCGCGGAUUACUUGCAGUUUUUCGCGCGAAAAAAAAGGCAAAAUCACCGGUAGCUGCGGGUAGAUCGCUUUGUAAUUGCGGCAGCUGGAUAGUCGCGCAUUCCGUUUGCUGGGUGUGCACACGAUUGAUUAGCCAGUAAGACUUUUCGAAGCUCUUACGACGCUGCCGCGGUUACGGAGUUUAAAUAAAAAAUCGUAACUCGCGCGCCAACGACAGCCGUCAAUGUUUUUCAUAUUUGCGCGACUCGAAAAUUCAUCCUUGACAGUGUGCAAUGUAUACAGAUAUGAAGAAGCUUGGAUUCGGUAUACAUAUUGUAGGUAUAGGUAUAUAUGCACCAAACGUCAGUCUUGGAAAAUAACGACAAGAAGACGUAAAUACAUUUACGCCGAUCGUUGCAGGACUGACGCUGUCUUGUCCAAACUACGCGACAUCCUUCUAAAUGGAUGAUGUAUCAAUGGAUGAGAAACGUCGAGCUACUACGCAGACUUAUACGACAAUUGUUUCGACCGAAAGCGGUGGCGUGAUGAUACGCCCUGUGUGCGUUUAUACAUAUAGAACAUAACAAGUCAAUCGUACUCGGGCAUAUAACGACGAUCAUUGAGUCGCAAAAAUGAGAAAAAUCUCGGCCGGUAUGACGUGGGUUACGGGAUCGAUCUUAACUCGAGCGAGGGACGCGACUCAACGCAUACACACACACACACACACACACACACACACACACACUUGCAUAAAGCUCAAUUUACGAAAUCACGCUACGGCUAUUUUUUCAUUACGUAAAACUGAAGCGUACAGUGCGUUGUGGCUUCGUCUUCUGAGACGUGCGACAUAAGGAGUAGUGCUUGCAAGCUCAUGAUGGAGCAAGUGGUGCAUCGCGCUGCGAGAUUCGGGAAAUUGCGGCUGACGAUGAUGAGCUUUUCAACGAGGAUUUGUCUUUCGCUUAUACGAGCACGACCUAGCGUUUACAGCUGAUUAUUAGAUUUUAUCGAGACAAUUUACUUCUUCGGUCAGAAGCGUAGAGAGUCAAGAAAGAUUGAAGAACAAGCGAGUUUCGCAGUGAUGGCCUGCGGCGGCUACUUGGGCUGGACGUCACCGGCUCUGCCGCAUCUCCAGGGGCCCAACUCGGAGUUCCCGGUGACGGCGUACCAGGGCUCCUGGAUAGCCUCGCUCUACACCCUCGGCGGCAUCAUCGGCUCUCUACUCAGUCCUCUGCUGAUCAACCGGCUCGGCCGUAAGUUCUCGCUGCUGGCGUUCGCCAUACCCCAGCUGGCCGGCUGGGGCCUCAUCAUCGCCGCCAGGUCCUACGUCAUCCUCUACGUGGCGAGGUUCGUCGCGGGCAUAGCUCACGGCGGCAUCUACAACGUCGCCGUCAUCUACUUCGCCGAGAUAGCCGACAAGGACAUCCGCGGGGCGUUCGGUACCCUGCUGAAGAUGUGCACCAAUCUCGGCGGGCUCUUCGUCACCACGGCCGGGGCGUACCUGCCGUACGACAAGCUCAACCUGGUCUCGCUCCUGCUGCCGCUGGUCUUCGUCUCGACGUUCAUCUUCAUGCCCGAGUCUCCGUACUUCUUCCUCAUCCAGAACCGGGAGGACAGGGCGACGCGCAGCCUGAUGCAGCUCCGGCGGCUCAAGCGGCCCGAGAGCGUGAAGAAGGACAUCGACGCGAUGCGGGACGCCGUGAUCGAAGGCCAGCGCAGCGGCCAGCACGCGCUCCGGGAGCUGGUCAUGAACCGGGGCACCCGUCGGGGUCUGUGGAUCCUGCUGAGCUUGAAGGUCACCCAGCAGCUGUCGGGACACAUGGCGAUCGUCGCCUACACGCAGGAGAUCUUCAGCCACAGCGGCUCGAAGCUCGAGCCCCAGUACGCGGUGAUCGUGUUGGGCCUGGCACAGCUGGCGGCCGGGCUCGCCGCUGCCAGUCUCGUGGACCGGGUCGGCCGAAGGAUCCUGAUCCUGCUGUCGGGCUCGUUCGCCGCGGUGUCCCUCGCGCUGGUCGGGCUGUUCUUCUUCAUGAAGUACAGCCUCGAGGCCGACGUCUCGAUGAUCACCUGGCUGCCCAUAGCCGCGCUCAUCGUCUACGAGAUCAUGGUGGCCCUGGGCAUCGGGACCAUUCCCUACGUCAUCCUCGGCGAGAUCUUCCCGACGAACGUCAAGGGACCGGCCGUCGCCGCUGGCAUAAUCAUCGGCUCGAUCUUCGCCUUCAUCGUCGGUCUCGGCUUCCAGGCGCUCAACAAAGUCGCCGGCAUACACUCGACCUUCUGGUUCUUCUCGGGCUGCUGUGCCGCUGGUACUCUCUGGGUGUACAUCAUCACGCCCGAGACGAAGGGAAAGACCCUCGAGGAGAUCCAGGCCAUCUUCAAUCCUCCCAGAGAGAGACAGGCGAGGAGUCAGGACGACGUUGCCUGAAGUCCUACAACGAGAAAUCGAUAUUGUAAAUCGAUAGCAUUGUGUAAUACAAUAAGAUGUAAGAGAUUCGAUAGCCGCGUUCGUCGACUUCGCGUUACAAUUUAUGUUCAUCGGUGGAAUAAAAUACUCUGACGCGAGGUAGACGCAUUCUCUUAUAUGCGAGACACAUUCAUACUGUACAUAUAGAUAUUCGACGCAGCGGUCACUUUGUUUGUUAAUCGUUUCAGUGCAUUUGCCGAACCUUCGUUUUAUCAUCGUCACACAAUACCUCGCUCCGAUUCGCCCGAUAUAGCCUGUAAAUAUAUUUAUGCAUAGUGAUAUAUGCAGAUCCCUACUAGCGCGUUUAGACUGUAAGUUGUUACGUUAUAUAUGCGCUUUACUCCGUUUUUUUAUUAGCUACGACAUUGUACAUUGUAUGGCGCGCGAUCAUAAUCCAGUUAUGCCGAGUAUUUGUUUGAUUAAUUGGAAACCACAGUGAUCCUCGCUACGCGAGUACUCAUUAUUGUGUAAACAUUAGCGAGAAAUUACUUAUGUAAAUCCGCGGGACUUGUGAAAAUUCUCGCAACGCAGCGCCGCCGACUAUCCAAUCAUAAAUGCAAUUUCGCGUGACCUUGCGAUGCUCUGUAGACACGCAGUAGGUACACACGUCGAUUAUCAAAAGCAUUGGUUAUUAUUACAGAUCUUUGCCACAGACGCGGCGGCGGUAUUACGCGUUUUCAUAGCAGUUCGGCGUGUAUGUUACUGUGCCUAUAAUACAAUGCGGGAAUGUGGUCGGCGAAUUUUCCUACUCUUUGGCUUGAAUUGAUGAUGUUACGGAAAAUUAACCGAGUACACCUUCUGUAAUUCAUUAUUCAUCCGACAAUGGAAUGUUGAAUGAUAAUACUUGACGAGAGAGGAUAUUACGAAGAAGAAAUAAAAGACGUGAAAACGUCUAUGUGCGAGUGUUUAUUUUUUUGUAGUAAAAUAAGUAAGUUUAUUUAUGGUACAAAGACAAUCGAUUUGUACGACUUAUGUGAUGCGAUCUGAUGAAUAAGAAAUCCAUUCGCUUUUUGCAUCGCGAUUCUAUUUCACGAUUGAAGCAAAAACCGAUGUAUUCUAUUCCGAAGAUAAAAAUUAGCAGAAAUUCUCAAUUCCUGAUAUGGCUAUUCAGAUAUAAUGAAUUUCAUAUUACAUUUGCGUAUUUCCUUUGUAUAAUUAUUCCUUAGAUAUUACAAGAAUUGCCUAUUCGCGCGGUCAUGACGCUGUUUAAUGAUCAAACAAAUAAAAAAGAAAAACAAUAAAA